GAACGUACAAACCCGCAAGAUACGGACGCCCUCGCGCCUUUCUACGUCUAUCGCGAUUCGCGACCUUUGGCGAAUUAUUCUGUAAACGUUCUUACCUUACAGAUUUCGAAAUGAUAUUCAGUAGUUCUUGUGUCCGUCGAAAAAUAACUGUUAUACAUGAAAAUAAAUAAGUGUCGUACUUCAUGGUUUUGAUCUUGAAGUGAUAAUUAAGUGACGUAAAUGUUUGAUUAGUGAAAUUGUUGUGAUAGGCAAAGAUGCGGUGCACAAUACGAGUAUAUUAAAUUUCUUGGUUUUGCGGUUGCGGCUUACAUUUGAAGAUCGUGCCAAUGCAGCAACAAUGCAGGCCGCAAGAGACUCGAGCAGACAAAAGCGGAGCGUAAAAAGGCGGAACUCCAGAAAAAAGUCCUUAUCGCCGUCAGACCUAAAAUGUGCUCGAGGGGACACCAAAAGCGAGAACAAAUUGAACGGUAAACGGUCGUUAUCCGAGGGGUCAGUGAAAGUGCGACACAAGAAAAGCAAUAUACAGAGGACUUUGACCCACCCGAUAUCGUGUGCCGAUUUCGAAGAUGUCUCGAUGGAUGAAGUGUUUACUAUGAAAAGUGUUGUGCCUCCUGAAAGUGACGAAUCUAAUUUACCACCGACGAGCAGUGACAGAGAUACCGAGGACGAUGUGCGUGUUCUGCCAAAACCUGUGCCACCCAGACCCCGCUGGGACUCGGGGAGCGAGAUGGAUUCCUUGGUGACGAUUGCGGUGAAGAAAGCAUCGGCGCGACGACGCCGAGCGCCCGCCAACCUUGAUUGGGGCGUCAAUUGUGAAUCAGGAGAAGUGAGCGAACCCGAGGCCGGUCGCAUGCGUCCCGAGGACUACCGUCUCGUAUUCCUGAGUUCGGACUCGUCGUGCCGAGAGGACACCGAGGACUCGGCCUCGACCUCGUCCUCCGCCGCGCCGCCCGCGCCCGACGACUGCGACUGGGACUACUUCGAGCCGGGUGCGGCGGCGGCGCAGCCUCUCCCACCGCCGCCCACCAAGCACGCGCCGCAAGCGUGCCAGCGCGCCUGCUCCUGCGGCGCCGAGCCGCGCAUUGUAGCCGUCCCGGUCCCCGUGCCGGUGCCGGUGCCGGCCGCGCUCUGGCCGGCUCUCCUCGCCUUCCCCACUGCCGCGCCGCCCGCGCCCCACUGGAACACAUAUCCCGGAUUCCCACCCCUCGAUGCCGCGACCCUCGCUCGCUUCACGACGGCGGCCGCCGUCGCAGUCACCGCCGCCGCCACCGCGUCCGCUCUACCGCAGAAUAGACUCGAAAUGACCGUGGGGCGAACCGAUAAAGCGAUACAGUCCGAGAUACAACUACCUACGUCGACCGAUACUGAUAACGCCGAUAAGAAUAUCGAACGUGCAGUCGAACAUAAAACGUUGGACGGAAUCAAGGUGAUCGCCGAGGACUCUGUGUCGGUUUUAUCGGGGUCAGUGGACACGAUGCCGGACCACCUCGAGGCGGAGAAGGCGUUUCCGUCUUCGAACGAAUCUGCUAAUUCGAGUGAUUCGGAGGCUGGAGUCGCCCGCAGAAGUUACGAUCUCAGAAGUGGUGCCCCCGAAGAGCCGGCGACGACGGAUGAAGACUCCGACGACUCGGGCGGUGGCGGGGGACAGUUUUCGCGGGUGUUCGUCGUCAAUCCUGCGGACUCGUCUUCGGAUAUGGAAGACAAUGCCGAUAGCAGUGGAAUCGAUUGCGACGACUCCUACGACAAAAAAUCUGAUAGCAUAGAAAUAAUAAACGCUGAUAUGGUAAUACACAAUGGCGUGAACGUGGAAGCGGAGUCCAACGAAAAUGUGCCUCAAAAUAAUAAUGAAAAUAUCGUUAUUUUGGAGACGGUGAAUUUUUCGGAACAUUAUCCUGUGAAUUCUUAUUCUAACAAUAGUGAUGAAAAUAGUGAAAGUUCGACGAGAAAGUCAAACUUUAUCAAAUUUUGUGAUGAAAACAUGCUUCAAAGUGAAAUUUGCGAAAAAUUUAACAGCUUUAACACAGUAAGUGAUAGUUUAGAUUACCAAAGUAACGUAGACAAUAAUCAAAGUAGUGGUAUUUCGGACAAUAUUGAGUGCGAUUCGUUAGAUAACUCUUUCAACUCUGAUUGCAACAUAAAAGUGUCAGUCGAGUUGUCCGAUUGCAAAUAUAACAACAAUACAUUAGUUUCGAAUAGAUCACAAGGCCAACCGAGAAAACAAUCAUCCUCACCGGAACCAAAACAACAGGAAGCAAGCUUGCCGACCUUAUCGUCACCGAGGGAAGAAAAAAUUGACUUGUUUAAAGGUAUCGAACGCACGCUGAGUGAAUUAUUGAAGAAAGAAUUAAUGGAUGAUCAAGGGGAGGAGAAAAUGCACGGUUCGCGGCCGGUUUGCGCCGAGACGGAGGGGAGCGCGGGCGCACCUGUGGCGACAGCAGUUUGCCGCUCGCGCACGGCCGGAGCGGACGGCGCCGCGCGCUUUACGAGCCGCGUUAUGAUAACGCACGACAGCGUCUCCGUGGUCACGUCCGACACGACGCGGCUCAUGCGUGACAUCGUAGUGCACCACACCAACUCGCAGGACGAGCCGGAACCGGGCGCCAGUGAACAACCAAACGAACCGAACGAACGAUCGCUGUCCGACGACGAAUCGCCGCAACCUUCGGGCGGAGUGACAGUAGUGAGCAAUUCCGACACUCUCUCGGCGGUCGUGUGCCUCGAGGAGGGGCUCGCAGACGACGACUCGUGGGUCGAGGACGUCAGCCACGACGACGACGCCACGUCGACGUCGGACUCGGACUCCGGGGACGAGGCCACGCUGCCCGCCCGCGGCGAGGAGUUCGCGUACUGCCGGCGCUCCUUAGACUUCACGUUGCACACCAUAGUGGAAGAAAGUUGCGAAGAGAGUGAAACCGAGCCCACGAUAAAAACCAGGCCGAUAUCGGCCACUGAACUAGAAAAAUAUUUUUUCUAUGGCUUAGGCGAUGGAAGAAACGUUCGAGACGAUGAAGACCCGGUGUCGGAAACGUCUAGCGUGUGCAGCGAGGGUGGAGAGUCCAUUGUCGAUACCGAGCAACCGAAACGCAGUGGUGACAGUGAUGAACUUGUGUCGUCACGCUUAGAGAAGUAUUUUUUGUCUGGCUUCAUGGGUUUCACUCAGGAGAGACGCGAUUCUGACGGAUCGGGAAGUGUAGGCAGUGACAGCGAAGGUAAACAGAGUCCAGAACAGAGGCGAAAACGAUUGGUUCGAGCCCGAGGUACGCCUAGAUCGCAUUCAAAUUCGUUAGAUAACCUUUUGGCUGGGGAUGAGCCGUCUCAAGAUUUUCAAGAAAUUUCAGACGGCUCGAGUACUGAAACUGAAGAUCGUCAUGAAUCCCUGGAAAGGCUGGACAUGCAAGGUGAAACAAAAAGGAAAAAACAAAACAAGAAGCCGCGAGGAUCACCUGAUGAAAGGCGCCAGUCUGUCGAGUUCCCGGAAGAGACUCGUGAUGACACGAGGUCGGUGUCAGAGGGCGAGGACGGUCGAUCUACCCCGAGGGUGGAAUUCCCACCCCUCGGUGCUGAGCUUUCUGAAUCCAAGAAACAAACCAGCAGAGAUAGCGGUUUCGUAGGUAGCUGUGAUGAUUUGUUAAGGAGUGGUGAUUCGAGUUCAGAAUUCAAUAGAACUCAUGAGCCAAAAACUGAAUUAGAAGAAAUAAUAGAAGAGGUUAGGCCGGAUGUAGACGAACGAAUCGAACGACCACCUUCUUCCCGACCUCCUCCGAGUCCCCUAACGCGAAAAGAUAGCUUUAACAAUUGGUCUUCUGACGAGGAAACGAAUUUAAUGAUGACUAAAAUGCGACAGUUUUUUAAACAAAUGGUGAACUCCGCUAAUGUGAAGUCGUCAACUUUGGUGGCAUCACCGAACGCAGAAAGUCCCCGGCCACCGAAACCACCACAACUUCUUUAUUUUGAAAGUGAGUUAACAAGGUUAAUGAAAACAGUUCCGGGUAUAAGAGACGAGGAGGUGCGCGAAAUCGUUGAAUAUUUAUCGAGCGAGGACACUUGGAGUGACUCUUAUGACUCGUCAGAUUACGCGGGUUCCGACUUGGAAGGCACGGCUAACAGGUCAGCGUUGAGAAAGCAAAUAUCUGAUAGCUGUCGCGAGAUAAUCGAUGAAUUCGAUCGCGGCAACAGCGAGGCUGGAUCUCUCGAGCGGGAUGCGGUGGGCGCGUAUCAGAGACUGGCGGCGACUCUGGGGCGGGCGGGGGACGGUUCCCCGCCGAUGUUCGGGAAAGUGAUGCGUCACAUCGGCGGGAGACUAGUGGCUUUAAUGCACGAGGUGUCGGCCGGUGCGUCGCCGAGCACGGACGAUGACAGUGCGUCAGAACCGGGUGCGUUAGCGCGGAGUCGAUCUCAUGACAUUCUCGAGGCUACGGCUAGCAGGGGCAGCGUCGCGAGUGACUGUGAGAGGUUUUCGUGGCGCGGCAGUUUCGAAUCGGCUUUGCUGGCCGCUGACUCUCGGGGAACGUUGGGCGGCGACAGGUGCGAGGCCAGGCGGUCCCCCGCGGGGGCCGAGCUGGCGGCGCAGAAGUCGCACUCCAGGAGUUGUGGUGCGAUCAGUGGGAGUGAAGAUCGAUUGUGGCGGGGAAGACGACGAGCUUCGGCUCCCGAUGCAGAGUCGGAGGAGGAACAGCGCGCCGGGUCGCUUCCCCGUCUGCCGUCGAUCACGGGCACCAACACAGUACCGGCAGGCCCGGUGAAGUCGGCCCGAUACCGGGCUCCAGGGUUCCGGACGGCGACGCGAGCGGCGUCCGCUCCCGGGCUGCAUGUUCCGCGGAGAAGACGGCCGGCCCCGCCGCAACCUUCGGCACCGUCCGCACCCGCGUCUGCUCCUAGUUUACAGGAUGAGGUGUAUAUGUCAGAGGCGGUGUCUCCUGGACACGCCACAUUGCCGAGGCGAUCAAACUCUCCGUUGCCUCAUGAACGAGAAAUGGACCGAGACAGAUUCCCGAUCAAUAGGAGUGGUCUGCAGGCACGGUCAGAGUCCAUGGCAUCCGUUUAUUCGGGGGCCGGGGAAGGUUUACGCGGCAGCGUGACAGUGAAGGGCGAGGUCCAGUUCUCGCUUCUAUACAACUACAGACUCGGAGCUUUGGAAGUGGGCGUCAAGCGAUGUCGGGAUUUGGCGCCGGUCGACGUAAAAAGAAACCGUUCUGAUCCUUAUGUUAAGGUGUACUUGUUGCCAGACAAGUCCAAGGCCGGCAAACGGAAGACAAAGGUGAAGAAGAACACCCUGAACCCCGUGUUCGAGGAGACGCUGAGCUUCGUGCAGCCGCUGGCCUCGCUGUCCGCGCGGACACUGUGGCUGAGCGCGUGGCACGCCGACAUGUUCGGCCGCAACGACUUCCUGGGCGAGGUGACGCUGCCGCUGGCCGACGUCGUGUUCGACGACCCCGCGCCCAUGUGGUACAAGCUUCACGAACGGACGGAACAGUUCGACGAGCAGCAGGGCUCGCGCGGGGACCUCAUCGUGGGGCUGAAGUUCGAGCUGGCGGACGCGGCGCGCGGCAAGGGCACGCUGCACGUGCUGGUCAAGGAGGCCAAGAACCUCGUCGCCACCAAGCCCAACGGCCUCGCUGAUGUCUUCUGUAAAAGUUACCUCCUACCAGAGCGAGGUCGUCUCGCGAAGCAGAAGACGACGGUGGUGCGGCGCUCGCUCAACCCGCGCUGGGAGCACACGUUCACGUACCGCGGCCUCACGCUGCAGGAGCUGGCCACGCGCGCGCUCGAGCUCAGCCUGUGGGACCGGGAUCGACUCGCUUCUAAUGACUUCAUGGGUGCUGUUAGACUUUCACUGGCCACCGGUACUUACAUGGGUGCAAGUGUUAACUGGAUGGACAGCGUGGGCAAAGAGAUCACCCUGUGGCAGAACAUGAUGCAGCAACCCAACCUGUGGGUCGAGGGCUCGCUGCCCUUGCGGCCACAACUCAUCAACUAAACAACCAACCCUGAAACUAACUCCUGAAGGAAAUGCGGUCUCUUGAAACUGUAAAACGAGUAAUUUUAUAAACACGUUCACACUCUUGGCUCUUAAGUCGUAUGUUGGUGCUUUAUAUAGUGAGUACAUUUUGAGAACUCGCUUACUCUGUCUCGCUCUGUGUCAAGUGUCAUGUGUGUGAGCAAGUGAGAACUCGAAAUGUAUGCAUUACGAUUUGACCGCACACUCUCAAGAUGACGUUUUACCGUGCAGUUUCCGUAAACGUUUUCUUUUUCAUAGAAAUAGGUGAACACCGAAUUAACAAACGAAGUAUUUUCGGAGUAAAGCGGGAAUACCUAGGUUUUUUUUUUUUAAGUGAAAACUUCUUUAGGCGCGUUGGGUCAUUUUGUGGAAUAGGCAUAAACUCCAACAGCGUAAGUUAAGUAAGCUUAUAAAUUCUUUAUUAAGCUAAUUAAUUAGUUAAUUUAAACUAAUUUAUUAGCGACAUGCUAAUUAUAAGCUUACUUAACGCAACUUAUUAAGGUUCAUUUUUUAAUGGAAGUGUCAAGUUGUAUGUAUUCACUUUUGUCGGGUCUGACUCAAUUUUUUUUUUAAAUGUUCCCUGGGGACUUAAGUAUUCGAUAACUUUUUUGACACUUUAGCAAUGCUUGAGUCGCGAGUACUAUCUCAUAAAAAACUUAUGUUAAAAACGAUAAUCGCUUGUUACGUGGCAGUUUUGUUUAGCACUGAAAUUCAUAGUCAAGAAAAGGGGUUUUUAGGGAAGCAUUCAGACAACAUGGUCAUUUUUAUAGCAUUGCAUAAAGAUAUAUGAAUAUGUCAUAAACCAUGUACCUAUGUCGUUCUGAAUAGAUCCCCUAGAGAAUUCCCUAUCUUGACUAUGAAUUCCAGUUUAAGAUCGUGACCGAGUGCCGCCUGGAGUUGCCUAUAAAAGAAUAAACGGAUUGAUUGGGUUAUUUAAUAAAAUAACGUGACAUUAAACAGUUUAUCUACUUACUAUUUUUGUGGAGUCGGCUUCUACUUAACAAAAAAAGACAUUUAAGUAAACAAGACAUAUUUAAGUGAAUUUUUUAUUUAAUUUCAGUAGGAACUACAAAAUACUCUUAUUUAAGAAACAAUAGGUUAAAUAUACUUCUUCUUUAUAUAAAAUCGAUAUACUUAAUACAUAUUAUUGUACCUUUUAAGAUUUUUAAGUAUGUCUGCAUAAAUGUCUACCUAAUUUUAACUGUAACAUCAUGUGCCAAUCAUGUUAUAGUGUAGAUUUUAUUCGUGUUUCUACCUACUAUAGAAUUGUAUAAGUUGGAUAAAAUGUACUAGGUAUAGUUAUUUAAGAUUAGUUGUUAUUUUUAAAGCCUUUAUUCUACUUAUAUCUUCUUUUAUUUCUUACAUUCCAACACAUUGUGAUGUAAAUUAUUUUUUAAGACUUAUCUAAUGACAAUAAUAUCCAUUUAUAAACUGCCUAUUAGGUAAGAAAUAGAGUUUAUAUUUUUAAGUAAGAUUCGCAUUUAAAUUAGAAUCAUCAUAAUGUACAAAUUUAAGCUUGUAUGAGCGUUUGCUCGUGCAUAUUGUGAUUAUAAUUUACUGAUAAACUUGUAAGUUGUACUUUUUAAGCAAUUCUUAAAAAUAAUAAUUGCGCGUUAAAAAACAAUCGUGGCCUUUUGUAUUACAUCGAAUUUUACGUAAACGUCCAUAGUUCUUAGAGUUUAAAUAUAAGCUUAAGCUACCUACCUACUUAAAAUAUCAUAUAGAUACCUACACGUAGGUACAUUAGAAUGAAUAAAAUAUAUUUUGUAAUACUUAAGUAUUUUUUUUUUAUAAAAUAUAUUGUGAGUGAAAAUUUAAAACGAUUUUAAAUAAAUAAGUCUAAAGAGUU